AUGCCCCCCGUGUCCCUCGUCGUCGACGCACAGACGCCUCAUCAGUCCGAGCAAGCAGCUUUAAACGGACAUCGCGCCCUCACACCGCUAAUCUCUGGCGCCGUUUCCGGCGGCGCAAUCGGCAUCGCGUGGGUCGUCGGCCUGCUCAUCUAUGUCUACCGGCGCUGGCGAGGCCACAGAGCGGUGCGUGCCGCCGGCCUCCGCAGCCACCGCGAGCUCGACGUGCCUCCACCCAAGCCCGAGGCCUUCAUCAUCCCGCCCGACCCCGCCGUGAUCCUGGGCGUGCACGCUCCCGGAGAGCGCGUCGUCUUCGAUGACGAGCCCAAGAAGCGAGAUCAGACGAAGCAUGCGAAGACCGUGCCGCUAGGGGAGACGGAGAAGGCAGGCAAGCGAAGAGAGCACCUGCGGCCGUUGGACACGGGUCGAGUCGUAUCCGCACCACAAUUGCCAACGACCUUGAGCCCGCCACCAGAUCGUGAGACAUUGGCGGCUCGUCUCAUCUCGUCUUAUGAGGUCGGUUCUUCGUCGCGUACCUGA